GAAGGGGAGGGGGCGGCGAUGAUUGUGUGGUGUGCGAGUGUGGCCGUGUUGGGGUGUGGGGGGGCGCGAGUGUCUUACAUAACCCUUCCGUCCUCCUCCCUUCUUCGGUUCUUUUGAAACGUGGGGUAGGAAAGAGGGAGCUGAAGGGAUGCAGGUCAGGCUGUAGCUAUGGGCUGAUACCUUCUUUCGGAGGUGAGGAUUGGGAGGAGGGUGAGAAGACAGAAGGAGGUGAAGGUCAGUGGGUGUGUGGCGCCGGAUCCACACCCCCCUUCCCUCCCCUGUCCCCUCCUUCCCUUCCUCUCUGUUCCCCUCUGACGUCUGGAGCUGGCAGCUUGGCCGGUUCCGCAUUCCUGACCCCUCCCCGCCGCCCAGGGGCCGCUAUAUAACCGGGGCUGAUGCAACCCAUCCCGCCGCCCGCCACAGCCUGCGGGAGGGACGCACCGGGGCAGCGCAGCGACGGGGGGGGUUGUGGCAGCAGUCGAGGCGGUGGAGGCUGCAGAGGCAGCGGCGGCAGCGGCUGCAGAGGCAGCGGGGGAGGCAGAGGCUGCUGGCCAGGCGCCGCGGCGGCUCCCGGGACAGGACGGGCCUGGGCACCGGAACGGAGCUCUGGAGCCGGGCGGUAGCGGGGCUCGGCGUGCGGCCGUCCUCCGCCUGCUCCUGCAGCCCUGCGCGGGGGGCGCCGCCUCCGCUUCCUCCCUCUGCACGGCGGCGGCGUCAUUCCUUCUGCUAUGAUGCCAGGGCAGAUCCCAGACCCUUCCUUGACAGCAGGCGCCCUGCCAGGGCUUGGCCCCUUGACGGGACUCCCCGGCACCGCUCUGACAGCAGAAGAACUGAAGUACGCUGACAUCCGUAACAUUGGUGCUGUGAUCUCACCCUUACAUUUCCUGGAGGUGAAACUGGGGAAGAGGCCUCAGCCAGUGAAGAGUGAGCUAGAUGAGGAAGAGGAGCGGAGGAAAAGGCGCCGGGAGAAGAACAAAGUAGCAGCAGCUCGAUGCCGGAACAAAAAGAAAGAGAGGACAGAGUUUCUGCAAAGGGAAUCUGAACGUUUGGAACUCAUGAAUGCAGAACUGAAGGCGCAAAUUGAGGAGCUAAAACAGGAAAGGCAGCAACUGAUCUUGAUGUUGAACCGGCAUCGUCCCACUUGUAUUGUGAGGACAGACAGUGUCAAGACCCCGGAGUCUGAAGCCAACCCACUACUCGAACAACUUGAGAAAAAGUGAAAGUGGAUUGGGAGAAGAAGGAGGAUGAGGAGGGAGGAGGACAUAGGGUCCCACAUGGGGCCUUUGUUUAUGUGUGAAAAAAACUUUGCAACAAGGCUCAGCACCGCCAGAAUACAGCGGGCUUCUUUGUGGAAUACAGACCAGCAACACAUGGGGAAGGGAGGGUUGAGGGAAACUUGAGAUCAGUGAUGAAUUGAGACCAAAGUAGAAACAGGGGAGGGGGAUGAUCCAGUGCCUAGAGUUAUAGUGAUGAGGGAGAAAGGGGUGAAUGAAGGAGGGGACCUCCCGGCCUCCAUAACUACAGUUUUUUUUUUUUUCUCCCAUCAUUUCCCAUCAAUGUACCCAUCUUUGGAACAGCUACUGGCAUUGGAAAAGUGUUAGUUGAAUAUAAAAAAGAAAUCCAAGUGGAGUUCAGAAUAAAAUUUCAAUAACUACCCCUUAGCCCCUUACUCCCCAAGUGAUACAUCAAAGCAGGAGAGGGAUGUGAUACAGGACCAACAAGCCCUCUCAGUGGCCUCCAUCUGCAUGUCCCUGUUCCAUUGUCAUCCCCCUGGAUCUUGCCGAUACUCUUCCCAUGUCCCUGGGAAGACCCCUCCUAAAUAGACCUCGCUCCCUGCUGGAGUUUGCUGUGGGCACUGAGGCGCGGGCGCCCUUCCAAAGCACAUACUCACUCUAAUGUUUACAGCCUGGCUGUCCCGGCAGUGCUUUAACUGCACAUUUUUACACUUCUCUCUUUUUUUUUUUUUAAUAUUUUUUACAAAAAGAAAAAAGGUUUUAUACAGCAAUAUAUAUAUGGAUUUAUAUAAUCACUCGACGUGAUAUGGUAUAAAUAUGUUAUGGUUUGUUUGUUACGAACAAAUACUCAACAGUUAUUGCCAUUGUGUGUAAGUCAGUGUUAAUUAAGUGCUGUAGUCCCUGGGCGCCCUGGGGCUGGUGCCCGUGGAGGGGAUGCCUAAUGCCUGAUGCAGUGAUCCCGAAGGGGGUAAAGCCCAUUUCCAUCCGUGUAAGCCCUUCAUAGUACUCAGUCCUGUAUCGCUCAGUAAAUGUUACUCUUACUUA